GGUUUUGAAGUCUUUUGCGCGGUCAAGCACGAGAUUGUGCAGUGGAAGACUGGUGUUGACGUGAGAAGUUUCCAAGGGCAAAGCGUAAAUCGACCGGCAAAGUUGCCACUUCGGUUGGGCUACUCUAGAGCUGUGCUACAAAGCACUUCUUGUCGCAAUGCUCGAUCAAUGGAGAGCUUCCAGCGCGCCAUCGAUGCGCUCGACGCCCUUCUCACCGCGCCUGGAUCUCUUUCGCCGCUCGAGUCCCAUCUCCAGAUCACUUCACAGCAUCUCAGGCAUUUGGAUUUGGAAGAACCACUGUCCGAGCUCAGUGUCAUUCAUGUGGCCGGGACCAAAGGCAAAGGGUCGACAUGCGCUUUCGUGGAGGAGAUACUGAGAGCUUCCGGGUUCCGGACGGGACUUUUCACUUCACCGCAUCUACUGGACGUUAGAGAACGAUUUCGUUUCGAUGGGCAACCAGUCUCGCAGGAGCUCUUUGCCAAGUACUUUUGGUGGUGCUGGGAACGUCUACAGGCUCUCCCAGGAGAUAGUUUCCACAGUGGAGUUUCGAUAGCGCGGGUUUCAAGGUUUCUCACUGUUCUAGCAUUCAAGAUGUUUAUCUCCGAGAAAGUGGAUGUUGCAAUUCUAGAAGUUGGUCUUGGUGGUCGAUACGACACCACCAACGUCGUGAAAUCCCCGGUUGUCUGCGGAGUAACUUCUCUUGGUUACGAUCAUAUGGAAGUCCUGGGAAGUACUCUUGGAGAAAUCGCUUCCGAAAAGGCUGGAAUUUUCAAGGCAGGUGUUCCAGCCAUAACCGUGCCACAGGCGAGCGAAGCUUUAGAUUCUUUGCAAAAACGAGCAAAGGAACUCAAUAUUUGCUUGGAAGUGGCAGCCCCUUUGACAGCGUAUGGCCUUGGAGACUUAGAACUGGGGCUCAAAGGCGAGCAUCAGCGCGUAAACGCUGCACUCGCCGUAGCUCUUUGCAAACGCUGGGCCGGGAGUUCCGGACACAACGAGCACAAACUUCUCGUAGAAAAUGCUAUCGAGCAUGCUCGUCUGCCUGAUUCUUACAUCACUGGCCUCGUCCAAGCUCGCUGGGAAGGAAGAGCACAAGUCAUCCAUGACAAGCUUUGCAGCAACCUUAGCUUUUACAUCGAUGGAGCUCACAGCCCCGAGAGCAUGGAAGUUUGCGGCAAAUGGUUCUCUUCAGCGUCCAAAGCUGAUGCUUCUCCGUGUGGAGAUCAGUGCAAGAUCCUUCUUUUCAACUGCAUGCCCAAGCGUGAUCCACAGCUUCUCUUGCCACGCCUGAAGGAAGCCUGUGCUCGGGAGGAAUCACCAAUUCAGCUGGCUCUCUUUGUGCCACCAUACUCGAGCAGCUUCUCGGUGAAGCACAUUUGCACCGGGAGAGCUGACACUUCCUGGCAGGAGAUCUUGUGGCAGCACUGGGAAGCACUGGAAGCAAGCAAAGAUGAUCACUGCUUCAUCAACUCCAGCGAAAGCUCCAGCAUCGUCCAACAGCUGAAAGACGACGAAGGCUUUUCUCGAGACACGAGUUUGAUGAUUGGAUCCUCCAGCGCAGUAUUGCCUUCGCUGCCAUCAUCGAUACAAUGGCUACAGCGUAUUGCAAAAGGCUAUCCUCAGCUACACUUGCAGGUUCUUGUCACUGGCUCUUUGCACUUGGUCGGAGAUGUCUUAAAACUUAUCAAGUAUACUUGAUAAGCUAUGCAUACUUGUACAGGUUUGCUUAAGCAAACCAAUUAGUUUGCUUAAUGUAAUCAUGUCAAUAACCACGUGA